AUGCCUCCAUCUUAUUUCCCAUUAAGAUGGGAAAGCACAGGUGAUCAAUGGUGGUAUGCAUCUCCAAUUGAUUUAGCUGCUGCAAAUGGUCAUUAUGAUCUGGUUAGAGAGCUUCUCCAUUUUGACACAAACCUCCUCAUCAAAUUGACCUCCCUCCGCCGGAUCCGGCGGCUCGAGACGGUGUGGGACGACGACGAACAGUUCGCCGACGUCGCGAAAAACCGGUCGAAAGUGGCUGGGAAGCUACUACUUGCAGGGGAACACAAUAAUGGCAAUGGCCAUGGUCAUAACUCUCUGAUCAGAGCUGGCUAUGGUGGUUGGCUUAUCUACACAGCUGCUUCAGCUGGUGAUGUGGGUUUUGUUAAAGAAUUAUUGAAAAGAGACCCAUUAUUGGUUUUUGGUGAAGGUGAAUAUGGUGUCACUGACAUAUUAUAUGCUGCAGCAAGAAGUAAGAACUGUGAGGUUUUUAAGGUGUUGCUUGACUUCACAAUUUGGUCAAAGGGUGAUGAAAUUGGGUCUGUUUUCAAAUGGGAGAUGCUGAAUAGGGCUUUUCAUUGUGCUGCAAGAGGUGGAAGUCUUGAAAUCUUGAAACAGCUUGUUGAAGAUUGUGGUGAUGAUGUUUUGAUGUACAGAGAUUUGCAGGGUUCUACUUUGUUGCAUUCAGCUUCUGGAAGAGGUCAAACUGAGGUUGUGAAGUAUUUGGUUGAAUCGUAUGAUCUAAUCGGGUUGACGGACGCUCAAGGCAACACGGCGUUACAUAUUGCAGCAUACAACGGUCACUUACGAGUGGUCAAGCUUUUAGUUUCUUCAUCUCCAUCGUUGAUCGCAUUAACGAACAGUUACGGCGACACUUUUCUUCACACGAUUGUGGCCGGAUUCAGAACUCCGGGGUUCCGGCGAGUUGAUCAGCAGAUCGAACUCAUGAAGCAUAUCGUGAGUGGGAAGAUCGUAAAUGUUGAUGACAUCAUCAACGUUAAGAACAACGAUGGUCGAACGGCUCUUCACGUUGCGGUUAUUGAGAACAUCCAUUCCGAUCUGGUCGAACUCCUUAUGACCGUUCGAUAUAUCGACUUGAACAUUAAAGACGUCGAUCGGAUGACGCCUCUUGAUCUCCUUAGACAACGACCGAGAUCAGCCUCAUCUGAGAUCUUGAUCAAGAGGCUGAUCUCGGCCGGAGGGAUCUCCGAUUAUCAUGAUUAUAUGACCAGAACUGCCCUCGCUUCCCAUUUGAAAACACACGGGAUUGGGGGCAGUCCUGGAACUUCAUUCCGAAUUCCCGAUGCUGAGAUCAUCUUUUAUACAAAUCCCGAUAAGGACUCGAUGUAUUCGGGCGAACUGAGUCGGUAUGACUCACCGGCCAGGUCAAAUUCCGAAUAUGGUCAACGGGAAUCGGGGUCUAGUGCUGCUAGACGAUUGAAACUUCUUUUUGGAUGGGCUCGAAAGAAAGAAGACGACGACGAUCGUGAUUCCUUGGAUUCUUUCCGUUUACGGAAAGGUACACUCGAAAACAGUCCCAUUUCGAUCCGGGAAAGAUAUUCAAAAUGCUCGAUCCCAAACAACAAAAGGGUGCUCGGUCCCAGCCCGUCCACAAAGAAGAAGUUCUCACAAGGGCUAACCCACGGGGUCCUGCAAGUGCACUCACCCUCGAGCCAGUUUUCGGGGUCAUCUUGGUCUUCGGGUUCAGCCGAUGAGGACGACGAACACAAGCCCACAAAUGUUGAUGUGAUGACCUAUAUGCGGUCGAGCUCGAGCCCAUGGGCUAACCACAAUAAACCGAAGUUCCAUAGACGACAAUCUUCGUUGAGCAAGGUCUUGAUGAACCAAGUGUUCUGUUUUGGUGCACAAGGUAUAGCCGCGGACGAACCGGUUAGGCGCCCCAACCCACGUCAGAGUUACAUUGGUUCAGUUGUUUGAGAUAUUCUUAUUAUAUAUAUA